CUCGGCGGCGAGCGCGGUGUAAAGCGCGAAUGAUGGGGGACAUGGCGGCGGCGCCGCUCGUGGUGCUGGGGCUCGCGCUGCUGCUGGUCGAGGGCGCCUCCGCGGAGGUGGGCAGCGUCUCCACUUCCAUAGAGGAAGUGGGUUCCAAGGUGCGCCUCACCUGUGCCUUGAAUCACAGCGACACGCAGAUCACAGGCCACCGCUGGAUGAAAGGGGGCGAGGUGCUGAAGGAGGACGCGCUGACCGACCUGAAGAUGGAGUACGAGGUCGACGUGGCCGACAGGGCCGGCAAGUACUCCUGCCUCUUCCUCCCCGAGUCCGUGGGCAGGGGUGACCUGGCCGUGAGUGGGCCCCCCAAAGUGAAGGCCGUGAAAAGGUCGGAGAAAGCCAAUGAGGGCGACCCUGUCACGCUGGCCUGCAAGUCAGACUCCUUCCCGCCCGUGACCAGCUGGGCCUGGUACAAGAUGGCCGACUCCGGGCACCAGGACAUUGUGAACGGCUCCCAGAACAGGUUCUUCGUGAGCAACUCGGAGGCCAGGUCAGAGCUGCGUAUCAAGAAGCUGAACAUCAAGUCCGACCCCGGCAAGUACGUGUGCAACGGUACCAGCUCCCAGGGCUCAGACAAGGCGGUGAUCACGCUGCGCGUGCACAGCCGCCUGGCCGCCUUCUGGCCCUUCCUGGGCAUCGUGAUGGAGGUGCUGGUGCUGGUGGCCAUCAUCUUCUUCUACGAGAAGUGCCGGCAGCCGGAGGAGGUGGUGGACGACGACGACACCGGGACCGAGCCGCCGAAGAGCAGUGGGCACCAGCUGAACAACGAAGACAAGAGCGUUAGCCAGAGGAACCCUACCUGAGCGGCUGCCUCCAUCUGCGUCAUCACCUCCAGCCCCCUCCCCGUGUUGUCCCCGGAGCUGCUAAUUCUCUGGCCUCUGUCAGAAAACCCACCCAGCAAAAGCAAACCAAUGGGAGCGCAAAUCAAACAUGUCAUUCUUUUUCCAACUUUUCAUGUCUGUUUUUCAAGUGGGGGAAGAACAUUGAGAACUCAAAAAAUUUGCCCAAGAUUAUUCAGCCAGUAAGCAGUAGAGCCAGAAUUUCAACCUCCAGAGCCCUUGUACUUAACCAUUGCCCCACACUGCCCAUCACUGAUUAUGUGGAGGAGGAACGGGAAUAGGAGACCCAGAUGGAAUGGCUCCUGGCUUCGGACUGGCCCAGCCCCAGCCAUUACACCCAUUUAGAGUGUACACAAGCAGAUGGAAGAUCUGUUUGUCUCUGUCUCUUCCUCUCACUCUGCCUUUCAAAUAAGUAAACAAAUCUUUCCUAAAACAGAAAAUGAGGUCCUAGAGAGUUCUGAACACAACAGCAACAGUCUUGCUUUCAAUUUGAAGUGUGCUCUGGAGCCAACAGGUAGUGUCAUUGCCUUGCACAGCCCCAGGGGGUGCUCGUCACAUUACAGUCUCUGUGAAUGAGAUCCCUGGAGGUGUGCUGUGCACAAUAUAUGUGGCUGUAAGUAUUGGCUUGGUAAGUGUGGAAGCAGGGAGUAGAUAAGGAAGCUAGCAGGUUAGGCCAGGCAAGAGAUUGGUGUUUGGGGCAGGCAUUUGGUGCAGCAGUUAACAGGCUGCUUGGAACACCCUCAUUCCAUAUCACAGUUUCUGGGUUAGAGUCCUGCGGCACCGGCCUCUCUGUAACUCUUUCAAAUAAAUAAAUCUUUUAAAACACAGACACACAGUGAGACAUGUCCAAUCAUCCCCAUUUUGCAAUGAGGUAAACCAAGUUCAUAUUCCUAGUAACCAGCGAAAGGAAAUUGGCAUUUACCUGUAGUUAACGGCAAAUUCUGGGUUCCUUCUGUACUUUCUAGCUGUAAUAAUUCAGUCCUUUGGCCAGCGCCACGGCUCACUUGGCUAAUCCUCCGCCUGCAGUGCCAGCUGCCCAGGGUUCUAGUCCUGGUUGGGGUGCCGGAUUCUGUCCUGGUUGCUCCUCUUCCAGUCCAGCUCUCUGCUGUGGCCCGGGAAGGCAGUGGAGGAUGACCCAAGUGCUUGGGCCCUGCACCCGCAUGGGAGACCAGAAGGAAGCACCUGGCUCCUGGCUUUGGAUUGGCGCAGCGUGCCGGCUGUAGCGACCAUUUGAGGGGUGACCAUUUGAGGAAGACCUUUCUCUCUGUCUCUCUCACUGUCUAACUCUGCCUGUCAAAAAAAAAAAAAAUUCAGUCCUUUAUCAAAAGUUUGGUUAACUGGAUGAAGUAUUCACUUCUUGUAGUAUUUAGCAUAUUAAUAACACCUGCUAUUUAAGUAUUUGCUAUGGACUAGGGAAAUAUGCUAAGCAAUUUGGAGACAUCAUCUCAUGUACUCCUCAUUAUAGAGUACUAUUGUAAACAGCAUUUCACAGAUAAGGCCAUUGAAACUCAGAGAGGUUAAAUGACUUCUCUAAGGUCUUCCAACUAAUUAAUAGCAAAUCCAGGAUUCAGGUCCAGGUCUGGCUCCAACAUGUUAGCAUGUGUCAAAUGCAAUAGUUAAAAUUUGCAAACUAAUAAUACUCAACACAAUACAUAAAAACUAAAUAAGAAAAAUAUUUUGGACAGAGGCAUUGGUUAAAAGACAAAAUUAGUUUGGUGAAUUAUUUUUAGAUUAUUUUGAACCAAAAUAAGGAAGUUUAUUUUAUUUGUGUUUUUCUCUUAUUCUGGAAAGCUAAGAGGCAUUGCUAAAGUCACUCUUUAAUGUUACUUGGAACAAAUCAUUGAUAGCAUAAUACAGUGAGGAAGAAUUUGUGUUCAAAACCUGACUUCAAAUCUUAGCUGUGCCACUUUCUAGCUCUGUGACCUUGAAUAAACUACCUAUGUUCCCUUGACCUUGGUUUCCUCAUUUGUAAGGAGAGAAUACUAACAGCUUGAGAGAGUUUCAAAUAAUGAAAUAAAUGAGUAGCAUUUUAUGAGGAAAUAAUAAUAAUAACCUGGAAAGCAUUAGUUAAUGACAAGAGUACUUCCAAAAGUUCAUGGAAAAUGGAAUUAAAAGGUGUUUGUUUUGGUGAAAAAAUAUUCUGAAAAUAAUGUAUAGUUUUUCUUUGAUAUGCAUUUUCCAUGUGCUUUUUGAAGAGCCCUUGUAUAGGCCUAAAUUGUUGUCAGUGUAUGCCAAUGGACACGGUCCUUGGACGUAAAAUGAAGAAAAAGGAAAAUUAACCAUGGUUUGCUGUGAUAUAGGCACUUAGUAGGUAUUCAAUAAAUGUUUACUCAAGUUCAAAGGGUAUAGAGUUUCAAUCAUGUCUGAUGAAAAAGUACUAGAGAGCUACUGUGAAACACUGUGCAUAUAAUUAACAUGAAUGUUCUGUACACUUAACAGUGAGGGAGAGAAUAAAUUUGUUAUGUUAUUUU